AUGCAGCCACUUCUCCAUUUCCGUCAUUUCUCAUCGUCUCUCUCUCUCUCUCUCUCUCUCUCUCUCUCCCUCACUCAUCUUCUCUCUUUCUUUCUCUCUCUACACUUGUCUUCAUUUCUUUUCCAUCUUCUCUCUUAUCUUCUUUUGCUCUCUAAAAUGGUCUUUAUUUCUUUUUCAUCAUCCUUCUCAUCUUCUCUCUCUCAACACUUGUACGCUUGUCUUCAUUUCUUUUUUAUCUUCUCUCUCAUCUCUUCUCUCUCUCUCUCUCUCCCUCUCUCUUUACACUUCUCUUUAUUCCUCUUCCAUCUUCUCUCUCGUCUUCUUUCUCUGUCUCUAUCUACACUUGUCUUUAUAUUUUUCUAUCUACUCUCUCUACACUUGAUUUAUUUCUUUUGCAACUUCCCUCUCAUCUUCUCUCUCUCUCUCUCUCUCUCUACACGUGUCUUCAUUUCUUUUCUAUCUUCUCUCUCAUCACCUAUCUCUCUACACUUCUCUUUAUUUUUCCAUCCUCUCUCUCUCUCUCUUUAUCUCUCUCUCUACAUUAUUACUUUGUUUCCUUCCAAUCUUCUCUCUCAUCUCCUCUUUUUCUACAUUUGUCUUCAUUUUUUAUCUAUUCUCUCUCUCUCCCCACUUGUCUUUCUUUAUUUUUAUUUUUCUCUUUCAUCUUCUCUCUCUCUCUCUUUCUCUAUCUCUCUCUCUCUCUAUCUAUCUAUCUAUCUAUCUAUCUAUCUAUCUAUCUAUCUAUCUCUUUCCACCUUAUCUUUAUUGCCAUGUUUACGACGUUUCGGCCGGUGUGCGCUCCAGCCUUUAGGUAAUUGA